AUCGGAGUUUGUGUGCCUUCUGGGGACAUGGGCAGCUCCCAGGGGCUCUGAGAAGGGCUGAGCCAGAAGGCUGAUGGGGGCUGGAUGGGAGGGAAGUUGGAGAAAAUGUGUGUGGGGUUGAGGGUAGGGGUUGGAAACAUAUUUCCCGGCAGUUUUCCUUCCCUUCAUUUCCCAGUAGGGCCGGGAGUUGGGAAGGAGGGGACGCAAGGGCUCUAGAGAAGGGGGAUGAUUGGAGAGCAGGGAGAGGAGGCAGUUACCUGCCAACGAGUGUUAGGUGGGGAGAAGGCAGCAGGGGAUGCCCUGGCUCCCCUGCCCCACGGCCCCAAAGCCCUGCCUCUGCCCACCUCCAGCAACCUCAGGCUGUGUGGGGGGCCAGAAGCAGGGCCACUAGGGUGGCUGCCCCUGCUUUUCAGCCCUGGAGUGAAGGCAAACUUCCUGCCCGCUUGCUCGGACCCAGAACUUCUUGCCUGGCUUUUCUUUGUGCCCAGGAUAGAACCUGAGGGCUGAUGGCCCGGGUAGGCCCUGGGUUUGAGGCUCUGCUUCUGUGUCAGGAUUCUCUCCCCUUCCUGGCCUUGCUCUUGACCACUGUCCCGAAUGUGCACAGGCCCCAGCCGUGGAGCCCUGCAGUGUAUGUGUGGUAACACCAUGUCUGUGCCCCUGCUCACCGAUGCUGCCACUGUGUCUGGAGCUGAGCGGGAGACAGCUGCGGUUAUUUUUUUACAUGGCCUUGGAGACACAGGGCACAGCUGGGCUGACGCCCUCUCUACUAUCCGGCUCCCUCACGUCAAGUACAUCUGUCCCCACGCGCCUCGGAUCCCUGUGACACUCAACAUGAAAAUGGUGAUGCCCUCCUGGUUUGACCUGAUGGGGCUGAGUCCAGAUGCCCCAGAGGACGAGGCUGGCAUUAAGAAGGCAGCAGAGAACAUCAAGGCCUUGAUCGAGCAUGAGAUGAAGAAUGGGAUCCCUGCCAAUCGGAUCGUCCUGGGAGGCUUUUCACAGGGUGGAGCCCUGUCCCUCUACACAGCCCUCACCUGCCCCCACCCUCUGGCUGGCAUUGUGGCAUUGAGCUGUUGGCUGCCUCUGCACCGGGCCUUCCCCCAGGCAGCCAACGGCAGUGCCAAGGACCUGACCAUCCUUCAGUGUCACGGGGAGCUGGACCCCAUGGUUCCCGUACGGUUUGGGGCCCUGACAGCCGAGAAGCUUCGGUCCGUUGUCACACCCGCCAGGGUCCAGUUCAAGACUUACCCCGGGGUCACGCACAGCUCCUGUCCUCAGGAGAUGGCAGCUGUGAAGGAGUUUCUUGAGAAGCUGCUGCCUCCUGUCUAACUACAGUUGCUGCCCCCCAGCGCGGUCCCCCAGCUCAUGGGGGACUUGGCACACGCGGCACCAUCUUGGAUCUGAGCCGGUCGAGCCCCUCUCACCCUCCUGGACCCUUCCUUUUCCCACAGGCCUCUGGGGUAGGCAGGCCAAGGCCUGUCCGGGCCUCCCUUCCUGACUUCAGCCACCUGGCUGUCUGCCGCAGGGGGUGGGCUGCUUUCUUAUCCCAUUUCCCUGGAGGGGGGGGCCCCCCUGGCAGCAGUAUUGGAGGGGCUGUAGGCAGCGGGAGAAAGGGGCCCAGCCGCUGACCCACUCACUCAGGACCUCACUCACUAGCCCCACUUUGGGCCCCUCCUGUGACCUCAGGGUUUGGCCCCUGGGGCCCUACCAGGCCCCACCUCCCACCCUCUCCCGCCAGCUGAUUCUGCCCAGAUAAUCGUGUCUCUCCUGCCUCCACUCCAGCUGCUUCUCAAUCAUGAAUGUGUCUGUGGCCCGGGCCCCCUUGCUGCUGUGGGCUCCCUGCCCCUGCGCAGGAGUGUGGGUGAUGGGGCGGAGUCCUUCGAGGGGGCCUCCCCUCAGCCAUUCUGACUUGGGGGCUGGGCCCUGCCUCCCCAUUACCCUCCGCCCCCGCGGGCCUGGAGCCUGCAGGGCUGGACUGAGGCUCAAGGUCUCCCCCAGCUGCCUCACCCCACAUUGUCCCCACUCUAGGGCCAGGGGGAGGUGGGGAGGAGUCAUGUCUUGUCUUCUGUCUCCAUGUAGUUUUGGGUGUUUUUCUUGUUGUGUCUGGAUUCCGAUAAAAUUAAAGAAAUUGCUUCAA